GUGGUGCGAUGAGGAUGGGGCGUGGAAGGAAAUGGAAAUUUCUGGAACCACAAUGUGAAAGACCUUCCUCUCGCCUUUCCCUCCCUUUCAAAAUCCUCUGCAUUUUGCGCUAAUCAACAAUUAUCACAACACUCAGCACUGCACAAGUGGUUCUCACUCUUUUCAUUAAACUGCGAUGAGGGGCUACGAUUCAGAUGGUUACGAUGAUUAUGAGGAAGGGGGUGAAUAUGGAGAGGAUGGCGAGGAAGAAUACGUAGAGGAAGAACCUCCUAAGCCAACAAAGGAAGAACUGCAUUACCUGGAACUGAGGCAGAAGUUGAAAGAAUCGAUUAGAAAGCAGAUGAAAAAGGAGAACAGUAAUUCCCUUUUAGAUUCUACUAGAAAGAGUAAACUUCCUUAUGAUAAUUAUGGGUCUUUCUUUGGCCCUUCUCAACCAGUUAUUGCUCAGAGAGUAAUCCAAGAGAGCAAGUCAUUGCUAGAAAACCAGCAUUUAUCAUCCAGGCUUUCUAACUCGUCCCACACUAACAAAAACACAAAUAAAGUAUCUAAGGGUGUAUUGAACUCCUCAGUUCGUCAUAAUAUUCCACCCAAAGUCAGUGAGCAGAAACAGGCUAAAGCCCAGAAACUCAAGGUUACUAGAGAUUACUCGUUUCUUUUGUCUGAUGAUGUGGAGUUUGCUGCUCCUGAGAGAGAAACCCCAUCUCAUAAAACACUUGUACAUAAUUCUGCACGGUCAGGUCAAGUUGCUAGGAAGAAUGUCAAUGGUGGCAAGAUUGGCCGUGGCUGUGAUGAAAAUCGAAAACAUGUUACUGGGCCUGGUCAUUUGGCUCCUAAAUCAGGGUCCAAUUAUAAGAUAAGUUCUAUUAACAGGUACAGUAAGGCAUCUGUGGAUUCUAGAAAACAACUUAGUAGUAACAGUGGGAAUGGACUGGUUCGUCCUUUAAAGAUGCCUGUUAGUACCUUGGGGAAUAAAUCAUUAGCACCUGAUAUGAAAAAUCCUGUAAAUGGAGUGCAUAAACCUCUCUCCUCAAAGUUGCAUUCUGCAAGUGGUGCUCAGAAGCCUCUCUCUUCAAAGGUGCACUCUGUAAAUGGUGUGCAGAAACCACUCUCUUCGAAGUUGCAUUCAACUGUGCCAAAGCAGAGUCUGGAACAAAGAAACAGCCUACGAGAACAGAAUAAAUCAAAAAUCAUAUCAAAACAACCAGUGGCAUCAACCAAAGCUCAGAUAAAUAAGCCACUUAAACAAAUCCCAAAGCAAUCUAAUUUGCAAGAUCAACGUCCUAAGAAUAAAGUGAGGAAACGAUGCGAUGAUGAGGCAGAGGAUGAAAUGGAUGUUAGUAGAAUGAUCAGAUCAAUGUUCAAUUACAACCCCAAUAAAUUUGUUGAUGAGGACGACGAUGCCGAUAUGGAGGUUGGCUUUGAUGAAAUCAUGAAGGAGGAAAGGAGGAGUGCCAAAAUCGCCAGAGAGGAGGAUGAGGAGCAACUAAGGUUGAUACAAGAGGAAGAGGAAAGAGAGCAGAGACGACUAUUGGCCAAGAAGCGUAAGCUUGGCCAUUAGCGUUCUACAAUCAAAUCACACUCCAUAAUUUGCUUUCCAUUCCGUGUCAAUAUUUUUGUUCAGAUCAUAAUCAAAUUCCCAUCGUCCAGGCUGUUGUUCCAUCAUUAGAUUUGCAUUUAGCCAAUGCUUCCAUGUUGAUUAAAUAAUUUUUUUUUUUGGAAGUGAUGUUAUCAAAAGGAUUAUGCUAAUUGUAUAUUUUUUUAACAAU